AUGAGUGGAUCAUCGCUCUCCAGUCUCGGAACUCCCGAAAUCCAAGUGCCGGUAACUCCCUCCUCCCUCUUUCUUUUCUUCAAAUACCAUCAAUUCAGAAUGUGUGCCCCAACGACUGCACUGGCAUUUUCACUCAACGUGACGUGGCGACUGACCCAGUUCCCCAGGCGGCCAUCUACAAUAACCGAAUCUCGAACCGAUUCGAUACGCUGUUCGACGCGACCCGUCAGCGAAGAUCCGUCCGCUUUACGUUCUGA